GUGCCUGUCACAUUCGAUCUCUGUCUUAGAAUAGCGAAGAUGCUCCCGACGUUCAUUCUCACUCGCACAUUUGCCAUUUCGGCGUUGCUUUUCGGAGCAUUCAAUAUCGUAUACGCAGCUCCACUGCCGUCAGUCAUCGACACCGUGAUGCUGUAUAGGGACUGCAGACAGCCGGGCUGCAUGGAUGCCGUGUCCCCCUCCGCGUCUACGGCGGGGUCUGCUCCGGCAGGGGAUGUCAUUGAUUUGAGAUCACCCGCGGUUUCUGACGGCUACACCCAGUUCGAUGAAAUCGUUGCUGAGCCUCGUGAGCAGAGCGCUGGCAGCGUCACCGUUCCCGUUCUCUUCGCACCUGUCCCAGAGCCCGAACUGGCUUCCCAAGAAGUCUUGUCUACCGGGGCAUUGGGUGCAGUUGCUUCCUCUGUCGCGCCGGAUCAGCCCACCGAAGCGACAAGUGCCGUGGGCAGUUCACAAGCAGGCGCGCUUGAGGUCGCCGGAAAUCCGCAGCAUUACAAACGGGCGCCGAGCGAAGAUUCCACAGACUCGUGCCGUCAGGACGGCUGUAUGUGAUUGACCAGGAAGAGCAUACCCGCUGCUUGUUACCGCGGUUCCGUCGAUACUUCUUCGAAUUAUCCUGCACCGGUGGCCUAAACGGUCGUCCUCCUUCUUGCCUCGCCCUCCAUGGUCGGACACUCUGCCUUCUGUUUCGUCUGUAGCACACAUGGUUGGCGAUGGAUAUGUACACUUCACUU